AUGUUUAUAUCAACUGAUAAUCUAUUUCAAACUAACGAUUCAUUCACUCGAUCGAAUACUAUUGAUGAUGCAAUUCUUACAGAAAGUAUUGUUCAAGACUUAGAUGAAUUGUUCGAUAACCCAUUGAUAUUCAAUGAAAUUCUACCAUUUGAUCCAAUAGAGUCGACAACUGUAAUCCCUAUAGAUUGUAUAUCAGAGCUAAAUGCUUUGAUACAACGCGAUUCUAUACAAGUAUCAAAUGAUUUAGAAUGUCAAAAAAAAUUUCUUGAAUCUAAUAUUAUAAAAUUAGAAAAAAUUGAAAUAAAAUGUCAACCACGUUCAGAAUUCCGUCCUCGAACACAAAAUGAAAGUAAAACUUCUUCACAUUAUAUACGAUGUGACAAUGGUGCUGAACUAGAUUAUCCUUCUAUAAGUGUACCUGUGAUAUGGGCUUGCCAAUCAGAUACAAAUAUUAUUGAAGUUGCUCUUGUCGAUAUUCAAAAAGAACCACAUCCCUAUUCUAUUCAUAAUAAAACUAGUAAAAUAUCAUACGAUGAUGAAGCAUUAAUUUUCAAAGAUGGUCCACCAAAUCAAUUGUAUUUUCGUUUAAUCGAUACAGAUUUUUAA